GGCAAGUUGAGAAGCUAAGAGCUUGGUUGUACUUAACCCACCUUUACUGUACUGAAAGCGUAACAGAGCUGACAUGCGGCGCUUAGGCCAUGUUAUCGGAAAGGGCUGCACGCUACUGGCAAAUAAUACGAAUGCAUCGCGUUUAAUAGAGCGCAAUCUAAGCACCGGAUCCGGCCUGCAACGCCUGUCGGCGCUCGUCAUUAAUGCCCGCCUGCUGUCAAAGCGUACAUACAGCUCUGCCGCUGGGCAGCAACAGCAACAGCAGCAGCUAUCACCCGAGGACCAGGCCUGCAUCGCGCUGUACUUUUCCGGCACCGAGCCCGCAACAGACAUUCUCGGGCCCACCGUCCUCAAGGACAUCCCAGGCAAGGGCCGUGGCCUGGUGUCCUCCCGGCCUCUCUCCCCGGGUGACCUGGUAAUGGCGGUGCGGCCGCUGGCGGUGCUGCACGGGCCGCAGGACUCCAUGCCCUCCCCCGACGCUCUGGUCGACCACAUCACAUCCAACUGGUCCCAACUGCCACCCGCCGUCCGUACGGCAAUCUCGCAAAUGUACGGCGCCAGCUCCGCACCCGCAACGCCGCCCGCCACAUCAGCGAGCAGCGGGGUCGUGGAUGGUGUGGAUGUACGAUCUGUUGUGUCGUACAACGCGUACGGAGACGAGUACGAAGAUCUGCCCGCCGCCGACCUCAGAAGUGAAUCCACUGGGGCGUCAUCUGUGUCGGGAUCGGAAGCGGGGGAGGCAACCGCACUGGCUCGCAGUCACGUGGGUGUGUGGCCGCACUUUACCAACCUAAACCACUCCUGCGUUCCGAACUGCGUGCAUUACGUGGUUGGAUCCACCAUGGUCGUACGGGCCGUACAAGCAAUCCCGGAAGGAUCCGAACUGCUCGUGUCGUACCUUGGACGAGAUGAUUUCGCGCCACGGCAAGUACGGCAAGCCGUACUGCAGUCCCGGUACGGAUUCCGUUGCGAUUGCCCGAGGUGUCGUACAGAGGAGCAACUGCCGGAGGAACUGCAGACGCUGCUACAGCAGCUGUACGACAGAUCGCGGCAUGAGUUGGCGCCGCGGUUUGAACGCUUGGCGGCGGCGGCGGCGACGGAGGCAGCGGCGGAGGCGGCUGGGGUGCCGCUUGCAGUGCAGGACGACGAGGAGGAGGAGGUUGAGGAGGAGGAAGCGGCGGUGACGGCGGCAGGUGCGGCAGCUGCUGGUACGGCAGCGGCGGCGUUGUCGUCUUCCAGCAUGACAGCGGCGGAGGCGGCCAAGAAGGCCCUGCGGAAGUCCUCCCCCUCCAGCCCCCACUGGCCCGCCCAGCUGGCCGCUCUGGAGCCCCGACUGGAGGAGUGCGCGCGGGAGCUGCAUGCGGCGCUGAGGGAGCUCCAAGAGGAC